AUGUUGGACAUUAAAUGUCGACAUAGUGGGUCAGUAGCUUUAGUAGAUGAUGUGACCGAAUUUAUACAAGAGGUGCUCCCAGAGGACAACAAGAUGCCAAAGAACUUUGCUGAAAUAAAGAAGAUGGUUAGAGGUCUUGGGUUGCCGGUUGAAGUUAUCGAUUGCUGUUUCCGAAACUGCAUGAUUUACUGGGGGUCAGACGCGGAGUUAACGAGAUGCAAAAUUUGCGAUCACGAACGUUGGAAACCGCCCCCUAAAGGAAAUUCUGUGAAAAGACGAGUUAGCGUCCCUUAUAGGAAAAUGUUUUAUUUUCCUAUAACUCCGAGACUGCAGAGGUUGUAUGCUUCUAAAGCCACCGCCAAGCAUAUGACGUGGCACGCAGAACACGAAAUGGUUGAUGGAAAGAUGUGUCACACGUUAGACUCCCCGGCAUGGAAACAUUUCAGUGAAUUGCAUACAGAGUUUGCGGAAGAAGUUCAAAAUAUCAGACUAGGCUUGUGUACUGAUGGGUUUCAACCAUUUGGGGCUUUCGGUCAUAAUUAUUCAUCAUGGCGAGUAAUUUUGACACUUUACAAUCUCCCCCCAGGGAUGUGUAUGAAAGAUGAGUUCAUGUUUUUAACUGUUUUUGUCCCUGGGCUUGGAAAUCCUAAACACCAAAUGGAUAUUUUCCUGCAGCCGUUGAUAGCUGAGCUGAACCAACUAUGGGAAUUUGGAGUCCAGACAUUCGACGUUCAAAGGCGACAGAAUUUCCAAAUGAAAGCGGCACUUUUGUGGACAAUUAAUGAUUUCCCCGCCUAUUCGAUGUUGUCUGGCUGGAGCACAUCUGGGAGACUGGCUUGCCCACGCUGCAUGAAAAAUACGGAUGCUUUUACACUUAAGCGGAGUAGAAAACAGUCGUGGUUUGAUUGCCAGAGAAAGUUCUUGCCUCAUGGUCACCUGUACCGUCGUAAUACAACUCAUUUCCGUAAAGGAAUAACCGUAAACAAAGUAUUCGGAGAGCCGAAAACCGGAGAAGAAUUGGUAGCAGAGGUGGACAGUCUGGGGUUUAUGAAUGCAUAUGAAAUUGGGGCUGAGACAAAUAAUGCUGCGAAGUCGACAGAUUAUGGUUGGAAUAAAAAAAGUAUCUUCUGGGAUUUGCCGUAUUUGAAAACGAAUCUCAUUCAUCACAAUCUCGAUGUCAUGCAUAUUGAGAAAAAUGUAUUCGAGAACAUUUUCAAUACUGCGAUGUAUGCUUUGGACAGAGACGGAAAAAAGGCUUUACUCGAGUGGAUUAAGUUAAUAAAAUUUCCAGAUGGCUACGCGUCCAACUUGUCCAAAUGUGUCGAUACAAUCGGUCUGAAAAUGCAUGGAAUGAAAAGUCACGACUGCCACAUUUUUAUGCAAAGACUUCUGCCAAUCGCUCUCUGUGAGCUAUUACCGAAGGAAGUGUGGGAGCUUUUAACAGAGCUGAGUAUCUUCUUUCGUGAGUUAACCUCCACGUCUCUAGCAGAGAAAGAUCUAGAUCGUAUGAGGCUGGAAAUCCCAAAGAUAUUGUGUAAGCUGGAACGUAUUUUUCCGCCCAGCCAUUUUGACUCCAUGGAACAUCUAUCUGUACAUCUACCGUACGAAGCUAUGAUGCCAGAGCCGAUAUUUGAGAAAACUGAAAAAAAAAAAGUCAGCAAUAAAUGGAGGGUGGAAGAAAGCAUCAGUAGCGGAUACUUGAAUGAAAAAACCGCAAAAUUUGCAGCUUAUUACUUUUCAGAAGGUGACCCAAUGAUACCUGAGCGGCUGCAAAGAAAUGAAGUUUGUGACAUUGAAGUCGACGACGAUGUUGAUAGACUAUCUAUUUUCAAGCCGCACGGGCAAUCAGUGGGUGCUUGCCGCAAGAGAUAUCUUGAAGAUGAUGAGAUUGUUGCUGCCCGGACAUAUCUUCUAAUUAUUGUUUUCUUCUUAACUAAAGGGUUUUCGAAGGUGAGUUGCGGAGAGGAAACCCCGAUAUCAGCACCUCUCAAAUUGAAGAGAAGUUUGAGAGUGACUUUACCUAUUGGUUUUAACAAUAUUCUCGCUAAAGGACCUCUUAGAUUAGUCAGAACAUUUAAGCGGUACCGUGUAAAUGGAUUCAAGUUUCAGACUCAAGCAUAUGGGGAGGAACAACUUACGAUGAAUAGUGGAGUCUGCGUGAAGGGAACUCAAUAUGUCGAUAGCGAAAAUGACUUUUAUGGAUUUGUGACAAACAUAAUUGAGUUAGAGUAUCCGGCGCUUCCAAUGAAAAUGACUGUCUUAUUCAAAUGCGAGUGA